GGCAUUACUGAAGAAGACUAAGCAGGGGGCUAUCGAAAGGACCCAAACAACAUGUACCGGAAGUUUUGAGAACAUAAAACUCCUCGGAGCAGAUAACAUGAGCAACAUGUCCCCUGAGGUUGCACUGCACCGGAUCUCACCCGAGUUGCGGCCCUUGCUGUGCAGUGUGGUGAGAAACGGCCAUGUGGGAAUCGACUCCACAAACUGCCUCCGUGUCACAGACCUCAAGACUGGAUGUACAUCUCUGACCCCUGGUCCAUGCUGUGAUCGCUUCAAACUUCACAUCCCCUAUGCUGGAGAAACCCUGAAAUGGGAUAUCAUAUUUAAUGCUCGGUAUCCAGAACUGCCUCCAGAUUUUAUAUUUGGAGAAGAUGCUGAGUUUCUCCCUGAACCCUCACAACUACCGGGUGCAGACUGAAGCAUCCCAACAACCACUGGAUAGCCAGAGGAUGAAUCCAGCUGAAUCCACCCUGACUUUUACUCUAGCACCAUGAUGUAGUUUAGAACAGUGUUUCUCAACUGGUGUCACCCUGGGACCCACUUUCCAACCCACUUGUCAAGUUGCGAACCACCAGUACAAGAUUUCAAAUAAAUUUAUUAAAUUAUAAAGCUUUUUUUUU